AUGUCCUUGAACAUCAACCUCACUUUUCUCGGUACAACCAGCGGAGGAGGCCCAUCAGAAUCGAGGAACUGCUCCAGCCUCGUUGUCGACCCUCUCGGAGAUGGUUCACUGUGGAGUACGUACCUGGUUGACUGUGCGGAGGGAACCGUGCGCCAGUUCGCACAGCAGCCGCAGAGGGGAGACUACCGCAAGCUUCGGAUAAGCCAGGUCUCCAAGAUUUUCAUCACGCAUAUGCACGCCGACCACUGUAUGGGUGUCCUCACCGUGCUCCGCAACGCGCUCGGUAUCCCCAAGCCUCCCAGUGCCAUGUCUCCAGACGCGCCACUCCCGAACACCUUCGCGCCCCGCGUGGAGAUAUUUGGACCUCGCGGCCUGCGCCGAAUGCUCCGCACGCUUUGGCAUCUUACGCACACGCACAGCGAGCACGCGUUUGUAGUGCACGAACUGCUUUUCGUCGGGGAAACGCCAUCUGUAGCGGCAGACGUGUCCCAGGGAGCGGACGUCGACGAAGCGAACGUGCGGCGUGAAAGCGAGUGCGUUGGCCGGGAUUUUUGGUGCGACGCGCAGGGCUUUUGGCGCGGGAUAAUCGAGGUGCCCGCCACACGCCACAGACAGGGCGUGCUCGUCGACGCGGGCCCUAUUGAGCAUCGAGACCCAUGUAUCGGCUACAUUUUUCGCGAGCUCUCGCAAUUCGCGCUGUCCCCGAACUCACCACUCCCGCGCAAGCUCGUCAUUCUCGGGGACACAUACGACCCCUCCCCACUUAUCCCGCUCAUCCACUCCGACCCGCCCUUCGCAGACGGGCUCCCAGAUCUUGCUGCUGAACUACGUCUCGACCCCGCUGAAGUUGGAGAGGUGCGCGUGCCGGUGUCGCUGCUCAUCCACGAGGCGACGGACGCGUACCUGCCGCCGAACGUGGACCAAUACGAGCGUACGGGCCGCAACAGAACGGAGGCGAUCGUGGAGGCGAAGACGCGCGAUCGCGGGCACAGCACCCCUGCCAUGGCAGGCGCGUUCGCGAAGCGGAUCGGCGCGGAGCGUCUCGUACUGAACCACAUCGGCGCUCGGUUCCCGGCACCAAACAUGCACUCCGCGACGAACAGCGGGACGGAGAAGUUCCGGCACUCGUGCAUGCGCGAGAUCGAGCGGCAGGCGAAAGGGACAUGGUGCCCGCCACAGCGCGUGUUCGCGCAGGCAGCCUGGGACUUCCUCCAGCUCACGAUCCCCACCAACUUCCCGCGCGCCGCCGCAGACGUCGGAGGCACGGCGGCGGAGCCGAUUGAGAUCGACGCAGACGCGGGGCCGUCGACGCAGGCGGACCAGAGGCAUGGUCAGCGCGCGCGAUGGGACCGCGAUCCCGAGCGGGGACAGCAGGACCGGAAACGCGAUCGUGAGUGGAGCUCGGGGCGGGGCGAGGGUCCGAGUGGAAGUAGGGGCGGCGGCGAUGGCGGACGUGGAGGGUAUGAUUCGAGAGAGAGGUAUGGUUCAUCGAGCGGUAGGGGCGGUGGCGGUGGCGGUGGACAUAGGGGUGGAUAUGGCGGCGGCAGAGGCGGUGGAAGAGACGGAAACGACUACAAGAGAGCAAGAGGGCGGGGUGGAGGGAGCUAGGAGGCUCCAUUGGAAGUCGUUCCGCGGGUUUUCUUGAGGUGCGGUCGUUGGAACAUCAGCGUUUUCAUACCCUCAUGUAUCACGUCUCUAUCAGGUUCGCGAUUUCGAGCUAGUUGGCUCGAGUUCUUGUAAGUUUG